AUGGGAAUUCCAAGUCCUUAUGUUCAAUGGAUUCAAGCAUGGUUAAAUGAUCGCCAGGCUACCAUUGAAAUACAAGAUUAUAUUCCUUCAUCAUCACCAUCAAUUAAACGAAAACAUGAUGAAUCUUUGCUUGAAUACGGAAAGCAAAUGAAUGAUAUUAGCAAUUUCUUGGAAACUGUUAUGAAACAACAAGGAGUUAUUGUUGAUGGUCUUCAAGCACUUCGUAAAAGGCAUGAGAAAAUUAAAAAAAUGACAACUUCAUUACUUCAUGCAAAUAAACUUGUGAGUUUCUUUAAUCUUGCCUUCUUUUGUGAAUUUUGUUCAAUAUUGGAUCAAGUCUCGGCUAAUAAACCAGUUCAAUUACCAAUCUACAAAUACAAGGAAAAAAAUCUCUUCGAUUCAAUAUCUGCUGAUUUAUCAAUAACUGCUACUCACUGUAAGUUGAUUCGUAAACUGUAUUCAACAGAAGAAAUAAUUAAUGGUGAAGCAUUAAAUGUACAAGAUGAAAGAUUUGAAAUUGUGAAAGAUGAGUAA